AGUACUUCUGUCCUCGCAGCUGAGGACGAUCCAGUCUCAAGUGUCACUGAGAGAAUAGAGUCUGCAGGAAAAGCUGGUUGUCCCAAAAGAAAGAAGAAAAAGGAACAGGAUCUGCCCUCUGAGAAUGGAGUCUCAUUUAUGAGGAUAUUUUUCUGACUCCAGGAUGAUCUAUCACCUUCCAAACCAACACAAAGUCUGAAGCUGCUCCGGUUUGGUUGAAUAAAUCAUUCCCCUGAAAGAGGAAUAAAGAAGAAGAAGAGGGGGAGGAAUAAGUCAGUCUAUCAACAAAAGACAAGAACAACCAAAAGUCUAAAUCAGCUGCCUUUCUGCACUAUUGGAUAUAUUGUCCUCUCUGGACACAAGAAGAAAAGUGGAAUAAAAAAGAACUAGUGACGCCAGAAAAUAAGGAAAAAGGUUUUCAUUGUAUGAACAACCGAAAGAGGAUGCUGGUGUCUGUUGCAUCCACUCAGAUGCAAAGGAAAGAGUUCAGAGAAGAAGAUACACGAAGAUAUGAAGAUGAGAAUUAAGAUUGAGUAACAGAAGAAAAGCUCAAACAGAAGUGUAUUUUUUUUUCCAAAUCCAGAAAUAAGGAGCAAUAAAGCAACAACAACAAAAAAAGUGCAGGAAGCUUUUUGGUAAUUCUAUUGAUGAUCAAAGAUGUUGUAGACCAACAUUUGUUUGAACUGCACUCUCUUAAGUCUGGAUAAAUACUGGAAAAAAGGAAAUAACUUAAAAGGAUUAAGGAAUAUCUGGUUGUCAGCUAAAAAAAAAAAAAACAACAAGAAAAAAUACUCAAAUAAAUAAUUCUGAAAGAGAGGGAAGAAAACAACUAAAAAAAAGGAGCAGGAAAACUUCAAGGACCCACCAAAAAGUAAAAACCAAGCAACAAAAACGCAGAAGUGAAGAGUCAAAAGUAAAGGAAUUAAAUAAUAUAGAGAAAUAAAGGGAAAAUAGUAAAGAGGAAAAAUAACUAUCUUGGGAAAAAAGAGGAUAAAAGCAAACACAGCUAAGAAGAGGAAAAAAUAAGGGGGAAAGCAAAAAGGGGGAGAAAAGGAUGAACCAAGAGAAAAAGGAAGAGUAAAGAGCGAAACAAGGACACGUCUAUAAUAGAGAGGGCCGAAGAGCAAAAGCAGGAACAUAAACGGGAGAACUUAAGAAAAACCAAUCCAGUCUAAAAGGGAAAAUCUGGAAUAAAGCUCCAGAAAGAGGCAGGUGUGACGAUGAGGCUCCUGGUGCUUCUCGCAGCACCUCUCUCCAUCCUUGUCCUCCACACUGCAGCAGUGGCCCCUGCAGGCAGCGUGGCCCCAGGCCGGCUGGAGCGCUGGGUCCGCUCAGGCCUCCAGUCAUUGCAGUGGGACCAACUGGACCGGUGCCUCCGCAUGUCCUCCCUCUCUGAGGCCGAGUGCAGGAGGCUCGCCCACCUGCCACUCUCCGCUGUGGCUGUUUACGUUUCAGAGCCACGCACAGCUGCAGGUAACUCAGACAAAGUUCUGGCCAUCCUGCCGGACUCCUCUGGUGGCUCCAUGAGCUCCAAACCGCGGGGAGGUUUCAGCCAGGUGCUGAAUGGAGGGGAUGGUCCCCACAGACACCAGCAGUCCUUCCCCGGCUCCACGGCCCACGAUGCCGUACUGGUGCUGGACCCGAGCCCCGGGGAGAACUUCGGACACCCGGUUGUCCUCUUCUAUGUGGAUGUGAAUGUGACAAAGAAGCGAUGCUCCCACCUGGAUGGCAUUUACCUGGGUGAGGAGUGUCUGACUCUGGCCUUGAAGGGCCGUUGUCAGAACCAGCUGAAGCGUCGGCAGGCCGGACCAGAAAGGCUUAUGGGUAAUGGACAUCGGCUGACAAGUGGGUCGCUGCGCGGUAGUAGCAUUACCACUGGCGGUGGCAACCGGGCUGUUGGAGGGCUCUGUGAAGUUCACUUCCUUCCACUGGUAGUCGGAGUCGGAGACAGCAACCGAACGCAGAGACUCAGAUGUGUUGACCAUGCAGAGUUUGCGAGGUGUCCUCAGCCGAUGCCAAUGGGCUCUCCCAGUUUGCCUGUCUCCAGCUGUGAGCUGAAUAAAAACACCAGACGCUGCCACCAGCAACCUUUGGCCACUCACCUCUCCUGCCGACUCUACCAGACUUGUGACCACGCUGUGCUCAUUUCAGGUGGCUGGCAGCAGCAGAUGACGUUCCAGCGUCAUGUCCAGAACCUGCAGCGGUUCUACAGGAUGCUGCAGAACAACGGCUUCCACAAAGAACACAUCAAGACCUUCUUCGCCAGCAGUGGACAACUUCCUGAGGACAUAGAGGGUGUGUACUCAGCAAUGGAGAAAGCGGUGAUUCGUAACCACGUGUCGUACAUCUGCAGGAAGCAGCACUGUGCCGACACUCUGGUUCUCUACCUGAACUCACCAACACGCAAUGACGGCACCAUGCUGCUAUGGGACGGCAACCUCAACGGCAUUGCUGACCUGAAGGAGCGGUACUCCGUCAACGAGCUGCUGGCCGACCUUGCCGGCUGCAGGGCGAGUCGUGUCUUGCUGUUCGUGGAUCAGAGCUACAGCGGCGUCCUGUCCAAGAGGCUACGAGGGUCCCAGAAACAUCUCAACGUGGUUCUGAUCCAGAGCCAGCCCCGGCAGAGCCACACCCAUCAGAGGCUGAACCCGGGCUGGGAGGACAGCAGCUGGUCCUACAUCAGCCCUGCCAGCUGCCUGCUGGACCACUUGGGGAGGGGUACUGGGAUGUCCCGCCUCCUGGAGCCUUGGGCCGGCCUCUUGAACGUGACGCUGGCCGGCGCGCCCUGCAACGCCACGCCACCUCUGACGGAUGGUGAGAUGCGGCGAGAGUACCAGGGCUGCCAGAACCUGCCCACCGCCCUCUGGCACCAGAAACAAAGGAGGACCAACUGAGAGAGAGAGAGAAAGAGAGCGAGAGAGAGAGAGAGAGAGAGAGACACUGAGACUGAGACUGACUGGGAGAGAGAGAGAGAGAGAGUAAUUAAUUAUAGACACACACACACACACACACACACAAGCGUUUGCAGUACACACAUGCCUAUCUGUCAUCGUGUGUUAACUUUAGGACUUUAGUUUCGUCUGCCCGGUGGACUCUGGUGUGUGUGUAUGUGUGUGUUUUCUGUCCUAACUCAGACAGUAACCAUGGCGAUGACAGCUCAUCAACGGGAGUGUCCUGGACACCAUGUGAACCGUGUGUGUGUGUGUGUGUGUGUAUGUGUGUAUGUGUGUUUGUGAGUUCAGCAAGAGGACAACCACUCUGUAAGACCAUUGCUAGUUUAAGUUCAGGUCAGUGUGUGUGUGUGUGUGUGUGUGUGUGUGUGUGUGUGCUUGCACGCCGGUACAUCUCCUGGGCACUUAAACAUUUCAGUUCCAAUCAUCUAUCUCUAUUUUUAUCUUCACAACACUCGUUUCUUCUUCCUUCUUUUUUCCCCCCACUUCUUUCUGUCCUUUGCUUCACCUUCUGUCCGCUACCCUCGUCCCACCUUGAUAUCCUCCUCUAACCUCCUUUCUACUUUCUUCCUUCACUAUUUCCCGCCUAAUCUAAAUUUCCACUGGUGUUUCCUUCUUCUUCCUACAUUUUUCCUCCUACAUCUUUUUCUUCUUGAUUUCUCUUUUCCUCCACCUUUUAGGCUGUCAGUAUCUCGUUUCUGCAUUCUGACAGUGUUAAAAUCGAGAGAACUCUUAAAAAAUAAGGUUAAUUUUGUGCAUUUAGUAUUUUUGCACAAGAAAAAAUAUUACAAUUUUCCUCCCUUUCUUGGAAAAAACAGUGCUUAGUUUGUCAAAAAUCACUCAUGGUCCACUUGCUGUCAGGGCUGCUGAAUUAAUCAUAUUUUUUUUACAAACUUGCAAUAUGGACUGGUGCAAUAUCGAAAUCGUAGGAAGACACAAUAUUUGUUAAAAGCUAAAUAUGUGUCAAAGUACCUUUUGAAUUAAGGUGCUGCAGAAAUGUCCCGGCAUAAAAAUCGUGUUACGAGGACUUAAGAAAAAAUCUUUGGUACAAAACGAAAAAAGAAAAAUGAAUCACACUAUGAUAAUUUUUUAUUUUAUGAAAAUGAGAAUACAUUUGCAAAAACUUUUCUUGACUGCUUUUCUCCCACCUUUACGUUCUUUCCUUCCCUUCUCUAUUUUUCCCGCCUUUUCCCUCUCUUCUUAACUGAAAUUUCUGUGCAGUCCCUCCAAUAUCAUGAAUCAUAUUGCUAUUGCAAUAUCAGUCAAAAUAAUCAAAAUUAAGUGUUUUUUCCUAUUGUGUAGCUCAUUGCUAUCUCCAUUCAGUACAACAUAUCUGCCAGGCAGAACUAUUUUUUUGUAUCCCAUUGACCUCUUCACCUUUCUAAAACAACAACAAAGAAACAAAUAAAAGAACAGCAAAUAAAAAUCUGUCUGUUUAAUGCUAUUUUACUACUCUCAAAUUCCUUGCAUAAUACGAUAAAAUAUAAUGUUGUUCCUUCCAUAGUGUGUCCAAAAUUCCCUAUGUAAAAACCUGUGAUUCUGAUAUGUCAACAAAAUCAAACAAUAAUUUAUAAUCUGGUUUUAUUAAAAAAUGUAAUACAAAAUAUAAUUGCCUUAAGGAAAUCAAUCAGCUGGGGAAGUUUUAUGGAUAUUUAUAAAAAAUCUUUUUAUUAUCUAGUCUAGUCAUAUUAUGAUGAAACAACAGGAAACCUACAAACCAAACCUACAAGGAUAAAAUCGAGGUUGUAAAAAAAAUGAAUUUUGCAUUAAGGAAGAGUGGUGUAUGAAGUCAGGAAACUUAUUUUGAAGAUAUAGAGGACUUUCAUGCUUCCUAACCUGAGGAGGAGGAAAAGAGAGACAGACACUGAGACAGAAACCGGUUGGCAGAGAUCAUGAUUAAGAUAUGAAGCACUGAGACUGCCCUCACUGCUACACAGACUGGCUAUGGCAUUUUAAUAAGGGCACUACUUGUGUGCGAGUGUGUGUGUGUGUGUGUGUGUGUGUGUAUGGUUGUGUGUGUAUAUGUCUGUGCUCUAUCACAUAGACAGGCAUCACAUGAAACAUGCACAGGUUCUAAUAUUAACCCAUCCCGACACUAAUAAUGGUGAUUCUUUGUGAUGAUAUUUGUCCGUACAUUACAUCGUGUCCUAGUAACCAUAUAUAAACCACAGCCCAGUGUAUGUUGCGUCCCCUCCCUGCCGUGUUUUGUACCUAUGUCUGUUGUUGUACUGAUCUGUUUUACAUUAGAGAUUUGUUUAUUCGAGAGAUAGAAGUCGAUCGGGAGAGCAACUUUCCAAAUGCGUGGGGGCAUUUUUGGACCAGAACUGUGUCCAACAAAGUUGACAUGUUCAUAUUCACAGUUUGUGUAAUGAUCUGUACAGAGUAUGAGAUGUAAUUUAGCAGAAAUGUUUCUAGUUGCAUGCAGAAAAAUCACAAAAUCUAGUCAAUAAAGUACUUUUAGAAACCAA